UGUACAGACUGUGAAAACAACUUUCCUCCACUGAGGACAAUAAUGAAUGAAUCUGAAUCUGAACUCAGUUUGCAUAGUUGCCUCUAUUCUGCGUGUUCACAUGUAUUUUCUUUAAAGUGACACAAUUUGGUAAAAUCAUUGUGUUUGGUUCUCUGCACACUAAAAUAUCAGUUUCCUCUAACAGAGCAAAGAUGCAGUGGAGUCUGUUUCUGCUCAUUCUGAUGGGUCAGUGGUCCUUCUUCGCAUGUCAUCUCUAUGAGUAUCACUUUGUUGGAGAGAAGAAGACCUGGGAUGAAGCCCAGAAGUAUUGCAGAGAGAAAUAUAUUGACCUGGCCACAGUGUCUAACAUGGCAGACAUGAAGAGACUCAAUGACACUACAGUGCAGCAAGGAGAAGCCUGGAUUGGGAUGUACAACCAAACACAAUCCAACAGGAUGUGGCACUGGUCUAUGCCAGGAGUGGAGUUCAAAGAAAGCGAGACAAAUUGGACCUCGGGAGAACCGAAUGAUAAUGGAGGAGUAGAGAACUGUGUGUUUAUACGGAAGGAUAGCAAUUGGAGAGAUGGGCCUUGUGAACAUGAGAGUUAUUUCAUCUGUUAUGAUGAAAAUAAUGCAACAGACAAAUACCAUCUGAUUAAAGAGAAGAAGAAGUGGCCAGCGGCUCAAGAAUACUGUAGGGAGCGUUACACAGACCUGGUCAGUGGACUAAAGCAGUUUCAAGACAUGUCACAAAAACUCGCUGUAGACAUCCAGUCUGUAAACAAAGAUAUGUGGGUGUGGAUCGGCCUGUUCAGAGACACCUGGAUGUGGUCAGAUGGGAGCAGUUUCUCUUUCAGAAACUGGGAUCUGAAUCAGCCAGGCAGUAAGAAAUGUGCCAUGACUGAGUUAAAUGGAUCUGGAAAAUGGAGCUCUGAUGACUGCAAUGAAAGAAAACCCUUCUUCUGCUAUGACGUUUCUUCCAUGACAGAUAAAGUGAUCCUGAUCAAAGAAAGUAAGACCUGGGAGGAGGCCUUAUAUUACUGCAGAGAGAACUACAGUGACCUGGUCUCCAUCACUAACCGUCACCAGCAGAGAUGGGUCCAAGAGAGAGCCAAGAACGCCUCAACUGAUUUCGUCUGGCUGGGACUGCGCUACACCUGCACUCUGGAUUUCUGGUUCUGGGUCAGCAAUGAUGUUGUCAACUAUACAAACUGGGCCCCAGGAGAAAAGACUGAUGACUGUGGCAUGUCUGGAGCCAUGGACAGAGGAGGACAACAUCAGUGGUUCACAAAGCUGGAUAAUAACAAGUUUAAUUUCAUCUGUUCUAAGUGUUGAAACCCACUCUGCUCACUGGUGUCAGAUGUUUUAUUCAUUCACUCACGUUGUGUUUAGUGGUGUAAUACUUUUGAAGAAGUCUACACUAUAUAUCUUCUUUGGGUUUAUUGAAUGGCUUUCUGGGAAAAGUGGCCACACUGAAUUUAGUCACAAAGUACCACAAGAUUACUGAGGAUGUGGCCAAUAACAAGUUUUUCUGUCUCCUUUUUCUGAUUCACUGAUUGAUGACUAGAUGCAAGAUCACAGUGACUGUUUGUUAUUCUCUGAGGUUGUUGUGAUAUUUUCUUUCUCUUAAAGUGUAGAUCUUUUAUUAAUCGUUAUCUUCUAUAAUUCAAAAUGUGUAUUUUGUUUUCCUAUCUAUAUCUUUUCAAGAGAAAAUAGGAAUAAAUACACACAUCCACAGUAUACUAUACUGCUUUAACUUUGCCUCUAUAUAUUUAAUAUUAAACAUUUUAAGUUUCGGUAGAGAUUUGGUGAUGGGGUCAUAUUAUGUGAAAUCUCAAAUGUCUUCUUUGAUGGUCAUAUAUUUGCAUUUUUAUGUAAACAGUUUUCUCUGAGGUUAAAUAAACUGUUAAUCCAUGGA